AUGUCAGGUUGUGGUUCUGGUAGUGGUGGUGGUGGGUGUAGUAUUGUAUGGUUUAGGAGAGAUCUUAGGGUUGAAGAUAAUCCAGCUUUAGCUGCAGCUGUAAGAGCUGGUCCUGUGAUUCCAGUGUUUGUAUGGGCACCAGAGGAAGAAGGACACUAUCAUCCAGGUAGGGUUUCAAGAUGGUGGCUCAAGAACAGUUUGGCUCAGCUUGAUUCUUCUCUUAGAAGCCUUGGUACUUGUCUCAUCACCAAGAGAUCUACUGAUAGUGUUGCUUCACUUCUUGAAGUUGUUAAAUCCACUGGCGCUUCUCAGAUCUUCUUCAACCACUUGUAUGAUCCAUUAUCAUUGGUCCGUGAUCACCGUGCAAAGGACGCUCUGGCAGCAAAAGGCAUAGCGGUUAGAUCAUUCAACGCAGAUUUGCUUUAUGAGCCAUGGGAAGUGACUGAUGAAUUAGGCCGUUCUUUCUCAAUGUUUGCUGCCUUUUGGGAAAGAUGUCUCAGCAUGCCUUAUGACCCUGAGUCUCCUCUUCUCCCUCCCAAGAAGAUCAUUUCAGGGGAUGUGUCCAAGUGUGUUGCGGAUACGUUGGUCUUUGAAGAUGACUCAGAGAAAGGAAGCAAUGCACUUCUUGCUCGUGCUUGGUCUCCGGGAUGGAGUAACGGUGAUAAAGCUCUCACAACAUUCAUAAACGGACCAUUGCUUGAAUACUCAAAGAACCGCAGAAAAGCAGACAGUGCCACAACCUCGUUUCUCUCUCCACACUUGCAUUUCGGGGAAGUGAGCGUCAGAAAAGUCUUCCAUCUCGUUCGGAUCAAACAGGUCGCAUGGGCAAACGAAGGGAACAAGGCCGGAGAAGAAAGUGUGAAUCUUUUCCUCAAAUCUAUCGGUCUCAGGGAGUAUUCAAGAUACAUAAGCUUCAACCAUCCAUACUCACAUGAAAGACCACUUCUUGGCCAUCUAAAGUUCUUCCCUUGGGCUGUUGAUGAGAACUAUUUCAAGGCGUGGAGACAAGGCCGGACCGGUUAUCCGUUGGUCGACGCCGGGAUGAGAGAGCUUUGGGCUACUGGUUGGUUGCAUGAUCGCAUUAGAGUAGUUGUGUCAAGCUUCUUCGUUAAAGUGCUGCAACUGCCAUGGAGAUGGGGGAUGAAGUACUUCUGGGACACUCUGCUCGACGCUGAUUUAGAAAGUGAUGCUCUUGGUUGGCAAUACAUCACCGGCACUCUCCCUGAUAGCCGAGAGUUUGAUCGCAUUGACAACCCUCAGUUUGAAGGUUACAAGUUCGACCCGAAUGGAGAAUACGUGAGGAGAUGGCUUCCAGAGCUCUCAAGACUCCCCACAGAGUGGAUACAUCAUCCCUGGAACGCUCCUGAGUCCGUGCUUCAAGCUGCUGGUAUCGAGCUUGGUUCGAACUAUCCUCGACCUAUUGUGGGAUUAGAUGAAGCUAAAGCGAGGCUUCAUGAAGCUCUCUCGCAGAUGUGGCAGUUAGAAGCUGCUUCAAGAGCUGCAAUAGAGAACGGAUCAGAGGAAGGACUUGGUGAUUCUGCUGAGGUGGAGGAAGCUCCUAUUGAGUUCCCGAGGGACAUUACAAUGGAAGAGACUGAGCCAGCAAGAAUCAUCAAUCCAAUGAGAAGAUAUGAGGAUCAGAUGGUUCCAAGCAUUACUACUUCUUUGAUCAGGCCUGAAGAAGACGAAGAGUCGUCUAUGAGUUUGAGAAAUGCAGGAGGAGGAGAUAGCAGAGCAGAGGUUCCGAGGAACCUUGUCAACAACAACAACAACAACAACCAGGCUCAGCAGCAGCAGCAGCAGCCGAGAGCAGAACCGGCUUCAAACCAAGUCGCUGCUAUGAUUCCGGAGUUCAAUAUCAGGAUUGUUGCAGAGAAUACUGAAGACUCGACCGCGGAAUCUUCGAGCAGCGGAAGAAGAGAGAGGGACGGAGGUAUAGUCCCGGAGUGGUCAGGGUACUCAGAACAGUUUGCUAGUGAAGAGAAUGGGAUUGGAGGAGGAAGUACAACAUCUAGCUACUUGCAGAAUCAUCAUGAAAUACUCAACUGGAGACGGCUUUCACAAACCGGGUAA